AUGAUAAAUACUAGGGGCUAUACAGCCGUUCCGAACAAUGAAGGAUCAAUUAGUAACACACAAGAUGAGCUGAACGCGGAAGCAUUUGAGCCAGAUAUGGGAAUGCCUUUAGAACCUCCUGUAUAUGUAGAAGAGAUGGAAAUGGAAGAACCACCGCUAUCAGAAGCAUUUACUGAGAAAAUUCAACGGUUUAGAACAUGCUUUGAAAAUAAUGUGAUUAUUCCAGUGAGGGAAAAGGUUGUGGAUCCAUUAGCGCAGCUGAUUACUUUAGCCUCUGAAAAAUUUGAUUUUCUUUUGAGUAAAAUAGGUAAUGUUAUGGUGAUGAGGAGGAUAUUUUACAUCAUAUUGAUGUCUAUCAUCGCAGCUCUGAUUAUUGCGAGUGAUAGGCUACCCAAUGGGAAAGCUCGAGGUUCGAAUGGAUUAUUUUCAGAUCACGACCUUCUCCUACAAUACGCUAGAAAAUCGAUAGAUCUUUCAAAGAUAGAAAGAGAUUUGGAAUAUAUUAGUAGCAUGCCCCACAUGUCAGGAACAAGUGGAGACGCUGCUAUCCGACAUUAUAUCAAAGAGUCUUUCGACAAAAACGGUAUAAGGCUAGCCGGAGAAGAGGAGUUCAUGGCGUAUUCGAAUUAUCCAGGAAAUGCAUCACUACAUGUAUAUCCAAAGGAUGAUACAGAGGGAUUUGAGAUCCCAUUAUCUGAUGAGAAUUUUAGCCCAAUGAGCCCGAAUGGUGAAUUGAGAAACAUAUCAGUCAUUUAUGCUAACAAAGCAUCAUUGGAUGAUAUGGUUUCUUUACAGGAUCAAGGUCUUUUAAAUAGUGACUUUAUUUUACUAGUGCAUUACGGAGAUUAUGUUUUCCAACAAAUGGUGAUGGCACAAGAAUAUGGGGCGAAAGCAGUCAUCUUUAUUUCAGAUCCUUAUAAAGAUAAUAAAGAUGUGGUACAAAUGAAAUCUGUUGCAUUGCCGCAAAAUGGUACUGGUGAUGCCCUAACACCUGAGUGGGAGGGGCCCUUAAGGGACCCUAUUGAUGUGUCAGAAGCCAAAUAUUUGCCCAAAAUUCCAUCCAUACCCAUAUCUAAUAAUCAAGGAGAAAAAAUACUAUCUAAAUUAUCUGACACUGGUGUGAAAUUUUCUAAUCAUAAAUUCAGUGGGUCGUAUAACGACUGUCGCCUUGAUUUACUGAUUCAAACAGCAAUCCGGGAACGCCACCCGGUUCACGAUAUAGUUGGUAAAAUUGAAGGAUCGGAGCAAGCUGCUAAGGCAAUUGUUAUUUCUGCCCCGAGGAACUCUGUUAGUUAUGGUGCUAUGUAUCCGUCUUUUGGUACUGUUAUUUUAUUAUCCUUGAUCCAACUUUACCAAGAAAUGGUUUACAAAUUUGAUUGGAAACCUUUAAGAAAUAUCUAUUUCAUUUCGUUUGGCGGUUCCGAAUUUAAUGAAGCAGGAGCUACAGAAUUAAUGGAGAAGAGAACAGAAGUAUUGAAAAGCGAGAUAUAUGCAAUGAUUGACGUUGGUCAAAUUGGUAUAUGGGAUGACAGUAAUGAUUUGGAUAUACAAUGUCAUCCGCUGCUAGCAGAUCUUUUUCAAAAGAACAUGACGAGCCGUAAAUUUAAUGUUGAAGUAAAUAACGUUCAUCAGUUUGGUGACUGGACGCCGUAUCUAGCGCGGGGUAUGCCAGUUGCAAUCAUAUCAUCACCGAGAGUUGUGAGUAGAGAUCUUCCGAUAGGCACUGUAGAAGACAAAUUCGAUGAUAUCAAAGAAAAACUAAGGGAUAAAAAGAAGGGGGAAGUUCUUUCUGAGAUAAUGCUAUACCUUAUUGAAAAAUCACUUGAACUUGUUGAUGAUCCGUUUAUCCCGUUCAGCAUAUCAAGCUACGUAGAUUUUCUUUCAAGUACUCUAAAAGGGCUUCAGAAAGAAUGUUCCAAUAGCGUUAGUUUUGAUGAAGUGUUUUCAGGCAUGGCAUUAUGGGAAAAAACCAAACAGCAAUUCGAAAAAUGGAAAGGCCAAUGGACCGAUCUCAUGUAUGGGAACGGUAUAUACAUAGAGCCUACCAUUAUUGCCAUUAACCGUUGGUCAUGGAACUACCUACUUUCGCGAAUUGGUACUAAUCAAUGUUUAGAAGAUGGUUUGGCAGAGAGAACCUUUUACAAGAACAUUAUUUUUGGGCCCAAACUUUGGGUCGAAAAAAGCGAUCCACUUCGUUCGUGGACUUUCCCCGAAAUUAGAGAUUCUAUUACAAGCAAGGACUGGAGCUCUGUGCAGGUUCAACUAAACACACUGGGCACAAUUUUGCAAAACACGGCAAAUACUUUCCUAGAGAAUAAAAAUCUUCAUGGAAUAAACACCGAAGAGUUCUGA